CCUCUUCUUUUCAUUUUCUUCUUGCAGCAAUUCUAUUAAUAUAAUCAAUGUAAUGUUAGAGUCUGUUUACAUUGGCAGAAGAAAACAAAGAAUGUGAAGCUAGAGCCUAUGCUGUAAAAAUUUGAGCAUAAUUUUAUGAUGAAGUUUUGUGGGCCUGUUCUGUUAAAACUGUUCUUAUCAAGUAGGGCAUACGGUUAACUGGGUUUUGUUGGAUUUAGAAAUUACAUUUUUUGCACUCCUAUUAUUCAUUGUCAGCAAUUCACAAGCGUCCAAUUUUUUGAAUUGUGGAGCAAAUCACCAUUGAAUUCUUCACAUACUCUGCUGGGGUUUUGUGAUUUUUAUUGGAGGUGAUCUCUGGUUCAGCACUCUUGGCCUUUUUAGGGGUUCCUCUGUAUCUAUUCUUCCUUACCUCUAUCUCCUGACACAUCCUGAUUUCCCAUAAUUUUAGUCUACCAUCUAUCCAGUUGUUGGUGAUACCAAUUAUAGAAAUAAUUCAGAUCUAAGUUUCAAGAACUGUUCUAGAAAAUCCCUGCUUUUGAGAUUGGCUUAUAGGUUAGCCUACCUUCUAAAGCACCUUGGGUAGAUUUCUUUCCUUGUGUUGUGAGUGUAUUCCGGAUUGGGGAUUCAAACAAGUCUAGAUGACUGUGGAUGAAGUGGGCUGUAGCUCUUUGUGGACCAGAGAGCAGGAUAAGGCAUUUGAGAAUGCUCUUGCAACAUAUCCUGAGGAUGCUCCAGAUCGUUGGGAGAAAAUUGCAGCUGAUGUACCUGGGAAAACUCAAGAAGAGAUUAAACUUCACUAUGAACUUCUGGUUGAAGAUUUGAAUCAGAUAGAAGCUGGCUGUGUGCCUCUGCCUAACUACUCUUCUUCAGAGGGUUCAGUGAGCCAUGCUGGCGAUGAAGGAACUAGUAAGAAGGGUGGCCACUUGGGACAUCAUAACAGUGAGUCUGCUCAUGGAAAUAAGGCGUCUCGGUCAGAUCAAGAACGUCGUAAAGGAAUUGCUUGGACUGAGGAUGAGCACAGGUUAUUUCUUCUUGGUUUGGACAAGUAUGGGAAAGGUGAUUGGCGAAGUAUUUCAAGAAACUUUGUUGUGACAAGAACACCUACACAAGUGGCUAGCCCUGCGCAAAAGUAUUUCAUCUGCUUGAACUCAAUGAAUAAGGAUAGGAGGCGAUCCAGCAUACAUGACAUCACCAGUGUGGGCAAUGGAGACAUUUCAGCGCCACAAGGACCAAUAACUGGUCAAACAAAUGGUUCUGCUGCAGGAGGGUCUGCUGGUAAAGCGGCCAAACAACCACCUCAACAUCCUGCUGGACCCCCAGGAGUCGGUGUGUAUGGUCCUCCAACCAUAGGGCAACCAAUAGGAGGGCCCCUUGUUUCAGCGGUUGGUACCCCUGUUAAUCUUUCUGCCCCCACACCCAUGGCUUAUGGCGUUAGAGCCCCAGUACCAGGAACAGUAUCAGGAGUGGUACCUGGUGCACCAAUGAGCAUGGUUCCUAUGACAUAUCCAAUGCCACCCACAACUGCUCAUAGGUGAUAUGCAUGGUUUAGCCGUAAAAUGUACAAAAACAGAAGACUAGUUGCUUGUGUUACUGUUGGUUUAGUGGCUUCUCAAUUUUAGCCUGAAUAAGACUGCAUAGUUACAAGCAAAAGUUGUCUGAUGUCAUUUGUUUAUUCUGGUAGCAAUAUCAAAUAAGCCCAUAGGGAGGGAAACUCCAUCAUUUUUAUAGGCAGCAGCUGUGGAAAUAUGGCAGCAUUUAUGGUUAGAACAGCAAUUUAGUUACCUUUUUUGGUUUUACAUAACAAAGCUUAGUCUCAAUAAUAGUCAGUUAAUGGUAUUUUACUUUUAAUGGCCAAAAUAGUAAAGAACCCAUAUAUACUUUUUACUAUUUUGGAUAGCAUAUGUUGGCACAUAUUGUGCUUCGCCUAGCAAUUAUUUUGUUUCUCUUA